CUAUUUUGCAAGGUAAACUUGAGAGGAGAGAGAAGAGGAGACGGAUUGAGUCGUAAAGGCGGCUGCGAUGGCUCCUGCUCUUUCCAUUGUCAACCUUCGCGCUUCUCUCUGUUUCCUCACCGCCAGGAGGUUGUGCUCGACGUCUGCCGCGGCGCACGAGGGAGGAGAGGCCUUUUUCCGGGGGGAAUGGAUGGCGAAGAAGGGGAAGGCGACAGAUGAUGGGGAGGUGGCGCGUUCCUGGGUGCCGGAUCCGGUGACGGGCUACUAUCGUCCUGCGAACGAGCAUGGAGGCAUCGACCCGGCGGAUCUUCGUGAGAUGCUGCUGAAGCCGAGCAAGCUGCGAACUUGAGGUACGUAACUCAGUCAAUUCAUGUAGCUUGAGACUUUUGAUGCAAGGAGUGAGCUUUGUUAGGUUGUAAAUUGCCUUACUAAUGUGUAAAAGUCACAUGGAGAACAGUACUGGAAAACAUGUGAUUUAUGCAUGGUUUGAUACUACUCAUCUUGUAUAUGUGUGGCUACAAGAUGAAUUAUAUAUGGAUGUUUAUUUUGGAUUUAA